UUAUUUUAAUAAUUAAUGUGGCCCAUGUAACUUAUAGAACUAAUUUUAUGAAAAGAUCCUCAAUGUGAUGGUCAUUAGGAUAUUAAAGCAAUUAAAGUUAGUUGGGGGUUUAAAAAUUCAAUUUUGAAUUCCCUCUCCUCUUCCUUCAGAAAAUUAAAAGAUAGUGGGUGGUUACAAUAACCAACCUACAAUAAAGGGUUUACUGAGCAGUUCUCAAAGUAACGUAUUCUGCUUCUCUUCUCAUCCAUCAGAGAAGGACUGAAAGUGGAAGGCAAAGAGGAGAGAAAAGGAUUCAGAGAGCUUAAGGAUUUCUUCAUGGAUUCUGGCAUGAAUCAAGCUAUGACUUCUUUGUCUGCUGGGGUCACUGGUGUGAUCAAGUUCAAUGGUCUUAACUAUGCUGAUUGGUCGGAACAGAUUCAGUUUCAACUGGGUUAUAUGGAUUUAGACCUAGCAAUAGUUACAGACGAAAAGCCUGCAGCCAUUACUGAGACCAGUACAGAUGAUGACAAGUCUUAUUAUGAGGCUUGGGUAAGGUCUAACAGGCUGUGUUUGAACUUGAUGAGAAUGGCAAUGGCUGAAAAUGUUAAGCCAUCCAUGCCCAAAACAGACAAUGCAAGGGAAUUUAUGGCAAAAGUUAAGGAGUACUCACAAUCAGACAUAACUGACAAGUCCAUUGUGGGAACUCUAAUGAGUGAGUUGACGACCAAAAGGUUUGAUUGGUCUCAACCCAUUCAUGAUCAUGUGACUAGCAUGACAAAUCUGGCAGCAAAGCUGAAGUCCAUGGGUAUGGAUGUAAGUGAGUCUUUUCUCGUGCAGUUUAUUAUUAACUCACUUCCUUCUGAGUUUGGCCAGUUCCAGGUGAACUACAACACCAUUAAGGAAAAAUAG